AGAACAUCCGUAGCCCUUACAGUGAGCGUGAAGUGUGGGUAGACAGCUCUGGUUAGCUAGCUAACGAGUUAGUGUUGCACUGAUGGUGAUGAUCACUUUCGACUAUACGUUCUACAUUCAUAACAGUUAACUACUAAUUAAGAUACAUUCAAAAUGAAAACCAGGUUUAAUACAGUGGAUAUAAGGGCAGUCAUUGCCGAGAUCAAUGCCAACUAUAUUGGGAUGAGAGUUAACAACGUGUAUGACAUCGACAACAAGACCUAUCUUAUCCGCCUUCAAAAGCCUGACUCGAAAGCGGUGCUGUUGGUCGAGUCUGGAAUCCGUAUUCACUCAACAGACUUUGAAUGGCCCAAGAAUAUGAUGCCCUCUGGCUUUGCCAUGAAGUGUCGAAAGCACCUGAAGUCAAGGCGCCUGACGCAGGUGAAGCAGCUUGGAGUUGACAGGAUUGUUGACUUUCAGUUUGGCUCAGACGAGGCUGCUUAUCAUCUCAUUGUGGAGCUCUAUGACAGGGGUAACAUCAUUCUAGCGGACCACGAGUACACCAUUCUGAACCUGCUGCGUUUUCGGACGGCUGAGGAAGCAGAUGUGAAGAUCGCAGUCAGGGAGAGGUACCCUGUGGAGAAGGCCCGCCCCUUGGAACCCCUCAUCAGCCUGGAGAGACUGACAGAGAUCCUUACCCAGGCACCCAGUGGAGAGCAGGUGAAGAGAAUCCUCAACCCACUCCUCCCUUAUGGAGCCACUCUCAUUGAGCACUGUCUAAUGGAGGUGGGACUGUCUGGUUUCAUCAAACUGGAUGGCCAGUUCAAUGUUGCUCAAGAUGCACCUAAGAUUCUGGAAGCCUUAAAGAUGGCAGAGGAUUACAUGGAGAAGACAGGGAGUUUUAGUGGAAAGGGCUACAUUAUCCAGAAGUGUGAAAAGAAACCCAGUCUCACUCCAGACCAACCCAAUGAGGAACUACUCACUUACGAGGAGUUCCACCCCUUCCUCUUUACUCAAAAUGCCAAAAGCCACUAUGUGGAGUUUGAUUCAUUUGAUAAGGCGGUAGAUGAGUUCUACUCUAAGAUGGAGAGUCAGAAACUCGACGUGAAGGCUUUGCAUCAGGAGAAGCAGGCUCUAAAGAAAUUGGACAAUGUCAAGAAGGACCAUGUGCAGAGGCUUGAGGCUCUGCACCAGGCCCAGGAGGUGGACCGUGUGAAGGGCGAGCUGGUGGAGAUGAACCUGCAGGUGGUGGAGAGAGCGCUCCAGGUGGUACGCAGUGCCCUGGCCAACCAGGUAGACUGGGCAGAGAUCGGCAUCAUUGUCAAGGAGGCACAGGCAGCGGGUGACCCUGUGGCCUGUUGCAUCAAAGAGCUGAAGCUACAGACCAAUCACAUCACCAUGCUGCUAAGGAACCCCUAUAUUUCCGAGGAGGAGCAGGAGGAGGUAGAAGAGGAAGAGGAGGUGGCUGAGGUGCAGAAGGGGAAGAAGGGGAAGAAGGACCGUGGUCAGAAGGCCAAGCUGCAGAAGAACAAACCCAUGCUGGUAGAUGUUGACCUCAAUCUAUCAGCUUACGCAAAUGCCAAAAAGUACUACGACCACAAGCGGACAGCUGCUAAGAAGGAACAGAAGACAGUGGAGGCAGCUCAGAAGGCCUUUAAGUCAGCUGAGAAAAAGACCAAACAGACCCUAAAGGAAGUCCAGACCGUCACCACCAUCCAGAAGGCAAGGAAGGUUUACUGGUUUGAGAAGUUCCUCUGGUUCAUCAGUUCAGAGAACUACCUCAUUAUCGCUGGACGUGACCAGCAGCAAAACGAGAUCAUUGUCAAGCGCUACCUGAGGGCUGGUGACGUCUACGUCCAUGCAGAUCUCCAUGGAGCCACCAGCUGCGUCAUCAAAAACCCCAAAGGUGACCCUCUGCCCCCCCGUACCCUGACAGAAGCAGGCACCAUGGCAGUGUGUUACAGUGCAGCCUGGGAUGCCAAGGUGGUCACCAGCGCCUGGUGGGUCAACCACCAUCAGGUAACUAAGACAGCCCCCACAGGAGAGUACCUGACCACUGGUAGCUUCAUGAUCCGAGGGAAGAAAAACUUCCUGCCACCCUCUUACCUGAUGAUGGGCUUCAGCUUCCUUUUUAAGGUGGAUGAGCAGUGUGUGUUUAGACACCGUGGAGAGAGGAAGGUUAAAACCAUUGAGGAGGACAUGGAGCAAGUAACAUCCAGCACUGCUGAGCUGCUCGAAGAUGGAGAGGAGCUUCUGGGAGAUGACAGCAGCAAUGAGGGAGAAGGGGAAGAACAGGGAGAAGGGGACAUGAAGAAAAAUGGCGAGGUGGGGACAAAGGAGCCCAAGACAGGGGAGGAGAGUCAGGAGGAGGAGGAGGAAGGAGAGAGAAGAAACCUAGCCAGCAUUUCCGAAGAGGCCACAGACAACCCGGAGAGAAAGUCAUCAGAGUGUGCCAGCAUAGAGGAUGGAGAGGAUGGAGAGGGGGAUGACGAGGAGGAGGAAAAAGUGAUGGAAACUGAGGCGAAGAGUGACGUAGAGAGUGCUGAGAUCAGCUUCCCAGACACCACCAUCUCACUGUCUCACCUCCAGUCUUCCAGGGGAAAUCCAAGUGCUGGGUUCAAAGCCGAGGUUUCCAGUCAGGCUGAGGUUGAUGCCCAGGGAAGGAAACACAUGACUGCCAAAAAGCGGAGAGAGGAGAAGAAAAGGAAACAGACACAGGAUGGCUCUGAACCCCAGGAGGAAGUAGACAUGCCUCCUCCCUCUGCAGCCAAUCAGGGAGCUGCGAGGACUGGUGGCCCCUCCCAGCAGCCUCUGAAGAGAGGCCAGAAGAACAAGUUGAAGAAGAUCAAGGAAAAGUACAAGGACCAAGAUGAGGAGGACCGUGAGCUGAGGAUGAAGCUGCUGGGGUCUGCGGGGGUGAAAGAGGAGAAGGUGAAGAAAGGGAAGAAGGGGAAGGAGGCUGGGAGGAAACCCCCCCCGGCCAAAGCCCCUCAGAAGCCCAGUGCCCAGGAGGCGGCCAUGAAGAAGUUAGAGCAGCAGAGAGAGGGGGAGCAGGAGGGGGGAGAGACAGGGGUGGAGGUACCAGCUGCUGAACUGGAGGAUAAGGAGGGAGAUGAUGUGGACCAGGACAAUCCAGGAGCAGAAGAGGCUGAGAACUUGCUGACCUCCCUGACAGGUCAACCUCACCCUGAAGAUGUGCUGCUGUUUGCCGUGCCUGUCUGUGCACCCUACACAGCCCUCUCCAACUAUAAACAUAAGGUGAAGUUGACCCCAGGGACUCAGAAGAAAGGCAAAGCAGCCAGGACGGCUGUUUUCAGCUUCAUGAAGGCCAGAGAAUCCUCCACUAGAGAGAAGGACCUGUUCCGCAGCGUCAAGGAUACAGACCUGUCUAGAAACAUGCCAGGCAAGGUCAAAGUGUCAGCCCCCAACCUGCUGGCAGCCAAAAAGAAAUGACACAAACACAGGCCAAAGUGACCAGGGCGAGGUCUGAAGUUUUGCCUCCAAGUUUUUUCUCUGUCCACUGCCGCCUUCUGAACUGAACUCAUCAGCCAAUGCCCCACAAUGUCAUUACAACAGUGGCUAUGUGCUUCAGACCUCUCCAACAUGUGACUGACAUGCUGAAUAAUAGUUCUGAGGAGGUCCAUAUUUAAAAACCAGGACGUAAAUAAUGUACAGGCAUAAGUUCUGAUUUCACUUCUGUCUGUUUAUUCUCUCCCGAUUUGAAAAUGAAAACAUAAUUUUAAACAUUUUGUACAAUAUAUUUCUUAA